ACCCUCCAAAUCCGGUCUGCCCCAAGAAUCCGUCUUCCUGGGUGUCUCUCUCCCUCAGGGUACCAGAAACGUUCCUCACCAUCUCUCAACUGAUCAAUGGCGGCUAGGGGUGGUGCUUUGCUCAAGUAUCUCAGAGUGCACGUAACCGCCGUGCCACAAAGCCGUAGCCCUUGUAGCAGGAGCAACCUUUUCUCGCUCUCUUUCAAUGCGAUACGCCGCCGCUUCUCCGAGGAGGUCAGGGGCUCUUUCCUUGACAAAUCUGAGGUCACAGAUCGCGUCGUCAACGUCGUCAAGAACUUCCAGAAAGUUGAACCCUCCAAGGUCACCCCAAAUGCCCAAUUCCAGAAUGAUCUCGGGUUAGACAGUCUAGAUACCGUGGAGAUUUUGAUGGCGCUUGAAGAAGAGUUUGGAUUUGAAAUCCCAGAUAAUGAAGCAGACAAGAUCAACUCAAUUAAUCUUGCCGUUGAUUUCAUUGCUUCUCAUCCUCAGGCGAAGUAGUGGCCGUAUGAGUAUCAGUUUUAAAUUUCCUCUCUAGAGAGGGAUUGGAUGAAUAAGUGAUAAGUUAGAACUUUGAUCUUGGUUUUGUUUCCUUCUUGUUUUCUCGAUUAAAGGCUCGGAUAAUGAUGAUGACAAAUUGCUUGCUUGAUGGCAAGUCCACUGGUUGUAACCAUUUUACAACAGACAUUUCAUUUCAUUAAAAUAUUAUAGCUCAUUUGCUUUUAUGCAUGAAAGAAAGAAGAGAAUGCAACUUCUUGUAA